CGUAGGAGUAGUUCAAAUCUUUGAUCAAGUUUGCUCCCCCAACACAACUUUUGCUGGUUUGAAUGGCGUUAGCCAUGAGAACAAUACUAACUGGGAAUUAUCAAAUUACCUUCACAUGACUGAACAAGUAAUGGACAAUGAUCUACAGAAGAGUGAAAUAGUCGCCCCAUUUAUUCGAGAGGUUAGGAAAAUUGAAAUCACAUUUAGUUGCGCUGUAUUUAUGUAUGAUAUCACAAAAAAUUGGAUUCCCUCUUGUCUUCUGCUGCAGGGAAUGGUAAACUGUUCGGAAUUAUUUGAACGCUGCUUCCUCAACGGAAUGAAAUUAGAUUGUGGGGAGGUUUUUAAAGAGCAUUUUUCUGAAAGGGGAAGUUCUUGCGUCUUUAACGGAAUUCCAACCGCAGCAACGCGACUUAACAAGACGCUGCAAUCAGAAUUUGGACAUCAGUACAAAGCUGAAGAGCUCACUGAAUGGCAAAAGGUAAAAUCUGAUCGAGACAGCGACUCUGUUGCGGAAAAGAGACAAAAUAGAACGAUUACAAUUCCCUGGAAGCAAUAUUUCCCUGGUAAAACUGCUGGCUUAACUUUCCUCAUCAAACGCGAAAACGAUUCUGAAAAAGCCUGCGUCCACGGUGAAAGGGACGGUUUAAUGGUAAAUUACAUUAUCGAUUAGUCACCAUUGAAAGACGCGAAUUAACUUACAACAAAUUUCAGCUUGCAGUAAAUCAUCCGUUUGACGCAUAGAAACUUAAUAUUACUAGAAUGCACAGGCUGAGUCUUUGUCAAGUAAGCAUGGUCUCCAAUUUCGGGACCAGUCAGGAGGCGAAUUCAGUGUGCGAUUCCAACAUAGUCACCUUGGUUAAGACCAGGUUGGAUAAA